AUGGAACUAUGUGGCUAUCUGGAGCACCGACAGAGGCAAGUUCUGUUGAUCUUUCUCUUACUGGGAGUGGCUAGGGCUGGCUGGGAACCCCACCAUUACUUUGUGAUGGAGGAAAUGCCCAGUGGUACGGUUUUGGCUGACUUAGUCAAGGACCUAGGGCUGGGAGUUGCGGAGCUAGCGGCUCGAGGAGCCCAGGUGGUCUUUGAGGAUAACGAAUCACGCUUGCAGCUUGAUCUACAAAGUGGGAAGCUAAUUUUAAAUGAAAAACUGGACCGGGAGGAGCUGUGCGGACCCACUGAGCCCUGUGUCGCUCAUUUCCAAGUUUUACUGAAGAAUCCACUGGAAAUAUUUCAAGCUGAGCUCCGAGUGGGAGACAUAAACGAUCAUUCUCCCGAGUUUCCUGAAAGAGAAAUGACCCUGAAAAUCAGAGAAAACAGCCCUGUUGGUACCAUGUUUCUUCUUAAAAACGCUCAGGAUCUGGAUGUGGGUAACAACAGCGUUCAGAACUAUAGUAUCAGUACCAACUCUCAUUUCCACGUGUCCGUCCGAAGCCGAGGUGACGGGAGGAAACACCCGGAGCUGGUGCUGGACAGAGAGCUCGAUCGCGAGGAAGAGGCGGGGCUCAGAUUAACUCUGACAGCGCAGGAUGGCGGUUCUCCGCCCAGGACUGGCACCUCCCAAAUCCGGAUUGUUGUCUUGGAUGUAAAUGACAACGCCCCGAAAUUUUCACAGGCUCUGUAUCAGGUGCAAAUCCUAGAGAACAGCCCCAUGGGUUCCCUGGUUGCUAAGGUCUCUGCUAAGGAUUUAGACACUGGGACAAACGGGGAGAUAUCAUAUUCUCUUUUUCAUAGUUCUCAGGAGAUGAGCAAAACAUUUGAAAUAAACGCCCUGUCAGGAGAAAUUAGACUAAUUAAAACACUGGACUUUGAGACAACAUCUUCAUAUGAAGUAGAUGUAGAGGCAGUGGAUGGCGGAGGGCUCUCUGGGAAAUGCUCUGUUUCUAUUCAGGUUGUGGAUGUCAAUGAUAAUUACCCGGAACUAACUAUAUCAUCGCUCACCAGUCCCAUCCCAGAAAAUUCACCAGAGACAGAAGUGGGUCUGUUUCGGGUUCGGGACAGAGACUCUGGGGAAAAUGGAAGGACAGUUUGUUCUAUCCAGGAUGGUGUGCCCUUUACCCUGGAACCUUCCAUUGGGAACUUUUAUAGACUGGUGACAGAGGGCCCCCUGGACAGAGAGAGCAGAGCCGAGUACAACAUCACCAUCUCCGUCUCCGACAUGGGCUCACCCAGGCUCACAACCCAGCACACCAUAGCAGUGCGGGUGUCCGACAUCAACGACAACGCCCCCGCCUUCACCCAAUCCUCCUACACCCUGUCUGUCCGCGAGAACAACAGCCCCGCCCUGCACAUAGGCACCAUCAGAGCCACAGACUCAGACUCUGGCUCCAACGCCCACAUCACCUACUCGCUGCUGCCACCACAGGACCCGCAGCUGGACCUCGACUCGCUCAUCUCCCUCAACGCGGACAAUGGGCAGCUGUUCGCGCUCAGGGCGCUGGACUAUGAGGCUCUAAAGACCUUCGAGUUCCGCGUGGCCGCUACAGACCAAGGCUCCCCUGCUCUCAGCAGCCAGGUGCUGGUGCGUGUGCUGGUGCUGGACGACAAUGACAAUGCGCCCUUCGUGCUCUACCCUCUGCAGAACGCCUCUGCGCCCUGCACUGAGCUGCUGCCCAGGGUGGCGGAGCCUGGCUACCUGGUCACCAAGGUGGUGGCUGUGGACCGCGACUCUGGCCAGAACGCCUGGCUGUCGUUCCAGCUGCUCAAGGCCACGGAGCCCGGGCUGUUCAGCGUGUGGGCGCACAAUGGCGAGGUGCGCACCACCAGGCUGCUGAGUGAGCGCGAUGCCCCCAAGCACAGGUUGCUGCUGCUGGUCAAGGACAAUGGCGAUCCUCAGCGCUCUGCCAGUGUCACUCUGCAUGUGCUGCUGGUGGAUGGCUUCUCCCAGCCCUACCUGCCUCUGCCAGAGGUGGCGCGCGACCCCGCGCAGGAUGAUGAAGAUGUGCUCACGCUGUACCUGGUCAUCGCCUUGGCGUCUGUGUCUUCACUCUUCCUCUUGUCUGUGCUGCUGUUCGUGGGGGUGAGGCUGUGCAGGAGGGCCAGGGCAGCCUCUCUGGGUGUCUGCUCUGUGCCUGAGGGACAUUUUCCUGGCCACCUGGUGAACAUCAGCGGCGCAGAAACCCUGUCCCAGAGCUACCAAUAUGAGGUGUGUCUGACUGGAGACUCUCAGAGUAAUGAUUUCAAAUUCUUGAAGCCAGUACUGCCUUGA